AUGGCCCAAGCAACCAAACGCAUUACGGCGGAAUACACACUAAUAAGCAAAGAGCGUAUUAAUGGAGUGAGUGAGGUGGAGCUGGUCGACGACAACAUAUUUGAGUGGGCUGGAUACAUACAUGGUCCUCAAGGCACACCCUACGAAGAUGGCAGAUUCAGGUUCAGACUGGCAUACCCAGACAAUUUUCCGUUCAAAGCACCCGCUUUCCAACUCAAGACACCUAUAUACCACCCAAACUUUGACCCAGAGGGCAAUAUCUGCAUUGGUCUCCUUAAAUCUGAGAGCUGGAAACCAACGACGAGAGUGACGCAGAUCUUCCAAGCAAUCUUGCAACUCCUCGCUGAACCCAACCCCGAUGAUCCACUCGAUGCUUCCAUUGCCAAUGACUACAGCAACAAUCGCAGUGACUUCAUCAAAACUGCUAAAGAUUCCGUCUAUAAGCACGCAACUCAUUGA